AUGCCGCUUUUCAGCGAUGAAUUCCGCUUUCCGGCGAUGCAUAUAUCGCUCUUCAGCGAUGUAUUCCGCCUCUUAGCGAUGCCGCUUUUUCAGCGAUUGGAGAUUGAAAAGUUGUUAUCAAUUCAUGGUAAGAGUUUGAAGGACUUUCCUGAAAUGCCAACAGCUAAUUUUGAAGCCUUUAAUGUUAUAUCAAACAGGCUUAUACAAGAAGAAUUAUCAUAUGACUGUAUGGAUCAGGAGAAAGAGAACCAGGAAUUGGUAAGGCAGUUAACGGAAGAGCAAAAUUUCAUAUACAAUGAGGUGUUAACAGAUAUUGAUCGCAAAGCUGGCGGAUUAUUCUUUGUUUAUGGUUAUAGAGGGACUGGUAAGACGUUUUUGUGGCGAGCAUUGUCCUCCGCUUUAAGGUCUAAGAGGGAAAUAGUGUUAAAUGUUGCCUCUAGCGGCAUAGCUUCGCUUUUAUUACCAGGUGGAAGAACUGCACAUUCUCGGUUUGUCAUACCGAUAUCUGUUAAUGAAGAUUCCACUUGCAACAUAAGUCACGGCAGUCCAUUAGCAGAGCUUAUUGUUCAAAGCAAGUUGAUAAUAUGGGAUGAAGCUCCAAUGAUGCACAACUUUUGUUUUGAAGCCCUAGACCGAACUAUGAUGGAUUUGUUGCGCUUCAAAAAUCCAAAUAUUACAGUUCCAGAACAUUUAUUGCUGAAGUGCGAGGAUGACCCUAUUGCUACAAUUGUCGAUAACAUCUUCCCUCAUUUUAGACUAGGGAUUGGCGAUCUGUCAUAUCUUAAUGAUAGUGCUAUUUUGGCUCCAACAUUGGAUGUGGUAGAUAGCACUAACCAAUACAUGAAUGAUCAUAAUCCAGCUGAGGGUAGGACUUACUUGAAACAAAUCCUGUUUGUAAGUCAGAAUCAAGUGUUGAUAUGUUAG